GCGUCCUCGCGGGUUUGAAUGGAAGGAUCGAGAUCCGCAGAGUCGGCGGCGAGCGGGUGGUGAAGCCAGAACUCCGCCCCGGCCCCCGCGCCAUGCGGCGGGAGAGGUGCGGCGCCCCACGCCCGCGUCUCCGCCAUGGAAGUACUGCGGCGCUCCUCGGUUUUCGCUGCCGAGAUCAUGGACGCCUUUGACCGCUCGCCCACCGACAAGGAGCUGGUGGCCCAGGCCAAGGCGCUCGGCCGCGAGUUCGUGCAUGCGCGGCUGCUGCGCGCCGGCCUGGCCUGGAACGCGCCUGAUCGCGCCGCGCCCCCGGGCGGCCGCCUGGCCGAGGUGUGUGCGGUGCUGCUGCGCCUGGGGGAUGAGCUGGAGUUGAUCCGGCCCAGCGUCUAUCGUAACGUGGCCCGGCAGUUGAACCUCUCCUUGCAGUGUGAGACGGUGGUGACGGAUGCAUUCCUGGCGGUGGCUACCCAGAUCUUCUCUGCAGGCAUCACAUGGGGCAAGGUGGUGUCCCUGUACGCGGUGGCUGCAGGGCUGGCUGUGGACUGUGUGCGGCAGGCCCAGCCCGCCAUGGUCCACGCCCUGGUGGACUGCCUGGGGGAGUUCGUGCGCAAGAGCCUGGCCAACUGGCUGCGGAGGCGCGGUGGAUGGACUGAUGUCCUCAAGUGUGUGGUCAGCACGGACCCUGGGCUCCGUGCCCACUGGCUGGUGGCUGCAUUUUGCAGUUUUGGGCGCUUCCUGAAGGCUGUCUUCUUCGUACUUCUGCCCGAGAGAUGAGCCACUAGCUUUGGCCUCUGCCUGGCCCUCGG